AUGUCAUCCAGUGGACUUUUAAACAUGCAAGCUCAAAUCUGUAAACGCCUGGUAAGUCUUGACGUUUCAAAUAUCUGUUUUAGUUCUUUGUAUAAUCGUUUCGUUGCAUCGUAAACGAGUUUUAGUGGCACUCUUGCUAGCUGUAAACACAAGGCCUUGCUAUAUCAGCUGCUCUUAUCAACUACAUUGUGAGUGUUGGCCGCCCUUGACCAAACAGAAGUGAGAACACCUGAUACCUCCCGCAGGUGUUUCAGCUGUUCAGAAAAGCACGUUUUAGUGCUUAGUGACGUUUUUUCACAAUGGCGUAAUGAUGAUGCCUGUUACUGACUAAAAUACUCGGGGACAGCACAGCUAGCUUGACAAGACUGGUGUAAAGUCUAAAGGGACUAUGUUUACAUGUGAGUUAUUUGGUACAAUGUCAAAACCCCAUGUGAAAGAGAUAGGUUAAUGCCUUUAUGUGCAAAAUUAGAACGACUCAUUUUCUGCUGCCCUCUGCGUCCUUGCAUGAACAUUUUGACCCUGAUUUUUUCUUUUGUUUCUAAUUAAAGACCUUAAAUCUCAACAUUUAAGCUGAUGUAGUAUGAUCCACAUGUUUUGACAUAUAAAUAUUUUGAUGUUUCUUUGCACAUUUUCCAUUCAGUUCAGAGUUUUGAUUUGUGUUAUUCAUGUUACUACUUAAAUGUUUGACUGUAAUGAUUUCCAUAUGGCUGUGUUUGCAUUCACUGUAGUAUCCUCUGUAGAUGAGGUUGAGUAUUCAGGUUGUGUCCUGUAUCUACAUUUUAUAGCUCAGUAGAUAUUCUUUGUCUCUGCUGAACAAAGGGAUUAAAAAGGUAAGAGUUCAAAAGACAAGUUCACUCAGGAGAACAGACUCCCGGGGCCAGCUACAUUAAACUCCCGGGGCCAGCUACAUUAAACAUCACAUUUACGAAAUCUGAUAUGUUCCUGUUCCUUUGGGGUUUUUCUGUUUAUAUUUCAUCCGUGUAUAAAAUAAUGCAUAUUACUUUAUUAAGCGUCUAACUUGCCAUUAAAUGUGUUGUUUGCACAAAGAUCAGUCAGUUUUUAGUAGAGUUUUUGAAAGAAAGUUGAGAAACAUUUAAAAAGCAGGCCAGGAAGCGGUAUUGCUGUACAGUAUUGCCAAAUGUAAACUUGAAAAACCCUGAAUUACUUCAAAAAUUGUUCUGUGUUAGGUCUAAAACCUGCCCAAAUACCUGAAAACAUAUAAAGAAGAGAAAGACGAUGGUAUUUACUCGAGGAGAAUGGACAGAGGUAGUAUCAGGUACAAUCUCAAAACCACUCUGAAGGUAUUUCUUUCCGGUCUCUUUUAUUUAGAGUUGUCCCUGGUAACACAAUGUUACUAAAGGAUGGGGGAAAAAUAUGUGCAGCAACGUAAGCACUCUCAUAAAUAAAGCAUAAUUAUGAACAACAGAAAAUAUGUGUGGGUCAAGGCAACAUUGUUGCAUCAAAGGAGCUCCUCCUGAUGGGAGCAGAUCCUCCUCAUUACUUCCCACGAUUCACAGUGGAGGUUACAUCACCCACACACACACCUGCUGAUAGGAGAAACGAGGUCACAGAAAAAUGAAGAAACACUCAUGUGCUGUGUAAUAAAGCUAUUGGAGAGAGAAGUUAGAAAACACUCUUAUAUGAUGUGUAACAAGAGGUCAAAACAGUUCAUACUUGUAGUAAACUUUUACAUAAGAAUGUGAGAAAAAAAUGAUAACUUCUAUAUACAUUUAUACACAUUAUUCUGACAUUCUGCUUUUGAUUAUUUUGUCUUUCUAGGCUCACAAAUACCUUUCAAGGACAUACUCCUCUCGUCCUACGCUCAAUGUAAGUACAUCAUUAGAUUUUUCCUCUUCUUAUCUCAGUCAAUAACGGGACUUGCUGUAAUACUGGAUUUAAUGUGUGCUUUUCAGGAAGUCGUCAUCGUCAGCGCAGUCCGCACUCCAAUGGGCUCCUUCAAAGGCAGCCUGGCAGCAGUUCCAGCCACCAAACUGGGCUCCAUCGCCAUCAAAGGAGCCAUAGACAAAGCUGGUGCAGUAUUAUUCUAACCUGAUAUGAGGAUUUUGGAUGUGUUUAGCAAUCAAGCUCAUACACUAGAUGUACUUGAUGACCUCAGAUUUCUCCUGCUGUCUCUGUGCAGCUUACUGUGUACACUAAGUGAGUGAAUGAGGGUUUCUUCUGUGCAGGAAUUGCUCCAGAGGAGGUGAAGGAGGUCUACAUGGGAAAUGUACUUCAGGCAGGAGAAGGACAGGCACCCACCAGACAGGCCUUGCUAGGAGCAGGUAAGACCACAGUAUUGUAUUUUAGUUUUCAUUCUUAACAAUGACAAACCAGUAAUGACAGCUAGCAUACUACAACUCUCAUGUGCCUUGCUAUGAAUUUUUGACCAGAUAUUCUUUGUUACUGCAGUUAUUUCUUAAUAACACAUUUUCCUAUCCAAAUCAUAGCACAUCAAAUCUAAAACAUGUUACUGGCAAAGAUAACCAUGAAUCCUAGAAUAUUAAAUGCAUGGAAAAUGUAAUUAUGCAUGACCUUUUAUUUUUAUUUGUAUUUAUGAUAGUGACCAACUUAAUCUGUGAGGUUUAGCAUUACAGUGUCAACAAGCUCUGAGAAAUAAACAAGUGAACUAAGCAAACUUAUCUUGGUUUAAAACUCAUCCCUAAUACUUUUUAAAUCUUUCAAUGAUAGCUCAGUAUAGUUCAGUAAUAGAUGCACAAUAGUAGUUAUUAGUUUGGCAUAGUUUCAGUAUCAGCAGAUGAAAACCCUAAGAAGUUAAUUAUUGAUAUCAGCAGAUAUAAAUAAUUCUGCUGAUAUGAUUACAUAUAAGCAUGAAAGUCAGUUUCUGUGAACAUUAUGACUGUAUGUAGCAACUUUGAAGUGUCAUUAACAGACUGCAAAUGUAUCGCUAAAUGCCUUUUAUUUGAACAAAAGAAUAAAUUUAUAGGAAAAUUAAACAAAUAGACCUUUACAGAAAGAGAAAUAAUUUCUGCAAGAGAGACUCAAUGUUCUUCAAAAUAUAAAAAAGGUGUUUAUUUAGCGGCAUUGAUGUCAAUAUCUGCCAAUAUUGAUUAAGAAUAUUGGCAAAAAUCUGACACCCAUAGUAUCAACUCUCAUCUUAGAAAUGACAAGUUUUUAAUAAAGGUACAGAGAGCUCCAAUUUCACUACCUAUCUGUCAUGGACAUACUGAUACUGGCUAAUAAAUAUGAACACCAGUGUCACUGUCUAUAGAGGUCUUUUAUGGUGUUACAGUCUACAUCUUAUAUUUUUGGUAAAUGUUUGUGAUGUUUUGUAAUGUACAGCCCUGCUCUGUUAUGUGUCUUCAGGCUUGACUCUUGGCACUCCAGCAACAACCAUCAACAAAGUCUGUGCCUCUGGGAUGAAGUCCAUCAUGAUGGCGGCUCAGAGUCUGAUGUGUGGACACCAGGUAGAGUUAGCUUCGCACUGCUGCUCCUCAGCUUUUAAGGAGAUGGUUAAGCAGUUAAAUUGUACUUAACGUACAAAACAGGAAUCUGAUUCCUUUUAUUCUGUUAUGACCUGAAACAACCGUCAUUUACUCUGAGAUCUCCGAUAACUUGUGAGCUAUAACAGUUUGGUUGGUGGGAACUUUGCCUUGAUUCCACAAAUCCUUCAGAUCUUUAGUGUCUUCAGUCAUGAAACCACUGACUGAUUAGUAACACUAAAAUUACACAACUAAUCCAGUUCAUAUCUAAAGAACGAGGUGUUCAUAGAUGAGGGAUUCAGGUUAAACAGUACACUUUAGGCUGAGGUUGUAGCUGUGGAUAAGAGUGUGUGUCUGUGUGUGUUUCCAGGAUGUGAUGGUGGCAGGAGGCAUGGAGAGCAUGUCAAACGUCCCCUAUGUGAUGACCAGAGAGACCCCGACUUAUGGAGGAGUGAAGAUGGAAGACCUCAUCGUGAAGGAUGGGCUCACUGAUGUCUACAACAAAUUUCACAUGGUACCUUUAGACCACCUGGUCAUCCUCACCCUCUCUGACAGCUUUAGACUUCAUUUAUUUUUACAGACAAUUAAGUUUAAAAGGACUGAAACGUAUUUUGAAGAUCUCAGGCUUGGCUAAAAGGAGCCAUUACCAAUCAGGAUGAAGUUAUAAGUCUAUAAGCUAAUCUAAGUCUAUACUUGAAGCUACUGAGAUGCUUGACCCAGAGUAACCUCGUCGACGCGCCAUGCUACUGGUUUCUUACUCUACCGUGAGUCUUUGAUGAUCAGUGACAGUCCGGACGCUGUUCCUCAGAUGCAGUGGACAAAAAUUCAUUGUGAUGAACAUAACCAAAAUCCAUUUUGCAAAUGACAUCAAGCAACACUGAACAAACAAAGAAAAACACUGGUAUUUAGCGCCACAGUGGUCAAAAACCUUUUGCCCUUCCGGGUCAAUCACCUGCCCACAGCAGUGACAUGACUACCUUUAUUCCUGAGCCCCAGAUAACAGGACAGCCCCACCUAAGGCAUACACAGUGAACUGAACUCAUUUUAGGUUAUCACUUCAACAUAUUUGGCUCCUACAAUAAGAAUCAAUAAUGCAAGAAAACAUGGUGUAGCGUUAAAGGAUUUUAAAAUUUUUUGAUAGUAAAGACCAUAAAUGUCAUAUAGAUGUUUGCUCAUAAAUCAAGGUUGUCAAAAUAUUAGAUUUUUUUUUCUCGAUACCUCGUGUUUCAAGUGAAACAUCAGCCAUUAUAUUUAUCAAAAGCUUAUAGGGAAAAAAAUAUCCAUACACACAUUUUCAACCAGUAGCUGCAAAUAAAAGUGAGAGAGCGAACAGAGGCCUACGCUCGAUCGAAAUGGAGAUGAAGCGAAGAGAGAGGGCGUCAACAAAUUAAAUGAUGUGGUGAAGCUGAAAGAGGAGAUUUAGUUUCCUGUUUGUUUUACGGGAGCUUAUAAAUGUAUUCAUCCCUCCACACCAACAUGAGUGAUGGUUCAGGGUAGGACUGUUACAAUACUAGAUUUUUACCUCUUGAUUAUCGCAAGACACUCUGGUUGCAGACCUCCACUGUCAGGACCCACUCCACUGAGCGGACCCGAAGUGACUCUUUUUUUUCUCACGCGCUCCAGUUUGUUUUUGCUGUCAAGAUAGUCAGGAGAUCUGUAUAUGAGUCCAAAAGUGCAGGAGGCGACAUUUUCAAUGAUAAAUGCUUUAAAAGCAAAGAACAGUCAGCAGUUGGAGUGUAGAUACAUUACGCCUUCACACAUAUUUAGGUGUUUAAACAGAUUUAUUUUUGCUGUUGCUGAUUAAAUCCAAAUACAAGUAAAAUAAUUAUUUGAUUUAAGUAGGUGAUCAUGACCAUAGAAGUACAUUAAGUUUGUAUUUUUUAUCAGUAAAAUAACCUUUGAAGUGGUCAUCCCGUUUUGUGUUUUCUCUUUGUUGAACACAUGAAUACACAAAAUAAUCAUUAACAUUAUUUCUUGGGGCUUUAUUGUGUAUAUAGAAAGUAUAUUCACACGAGACAAAAAAUACAUACUUCCUGAUCAAAUCGCUUUUAAUUUGAAAGGCUUUCAGUGGAGCGGGUCCUCACAGUGGAGGUCUGCAAAGAAGGGUCCUGACAGUGGUGGUCUGCAGCCAGACCCCUCUCGAUUAUCGUGUCUGUAAAUACCAUAAAAAAAGAUUUUAUCAAAAUAUUAAUGAAAAUGUAAAAUUAAAAUAACACAUUGAGUCAAAUUGGAGAAAGGAAAGAUGAGGAUGGAGCAGUACAUGACUUCUUAAACUAAACUCGAAAACAAUGAACUGAAAGUGUACGUCAUCUGCUUCUAAUAACAUCCACAUUUAUGAUUUAUCAUUAGCUCUGUGACAAAAACUGCUCUGAAGAAGACAUUUCCUCACUACAUGAUUGCUUGUCCUGAUUUUAUUGUCCCAUUUUUUUUUUUUCCUGCAUGAAGGUUUCUUUAUUUACUUCAUUUUAAACAGUUCCUUCUUUUAGAAGUAUCAGCUACUUCUGGUAGAUUGUGAGUUACGGAAAAUGAACAGAGCUGAAAGAUUGGUUAGAGAGUAUAAAUGUUUGAUGAGUGAGCAGAAGAGGCAGAAGCUCUAACUUUGGUUUUUGAGUUCCUAUUAAAUCAUCAGUUCCUUAAAGUGCUGAAUCAGAUCUUAGAGAGCAGCAUGCAAGAUUACUCACUGACUGUUGUUGUAUCAAGUAUCAAUAUUAAGAAUUUUUUUAGAUAACGUUUAUUGUCAAUAUAUAGGUUUAUUUCAAAGGUUUGAGUAUAUACAUUUUAUUUUGGUUAUACAUUGUUUUAUAAAAAAUAAAAUUAAAAAAAGGAUCAUUGUUGCAGAAAUGACAGUGAGUCAAGUUUUGGUCUUGAUCCUUGACAAUCCUUGAUCAAAUUUAAGAGGGUUCUGGAUCAUUUUCAACCUCUUUAGUGUGUAAAUUUAACGCAAAAUGACUUAUUUUUUGCAAAUAUCCAAUUUGUAGCUGGUGCAGGCCUUGCCAAAUAUAACAGAACUGUCAGUAGAUGAGGAUAAAUGCUGGCUCUGAAUGUUUCCUGAGGGCUGUUGAUUCAGUUCUCAUAUUUAAAAAACACAAACGAACCUAAAUGACCUCAAAGCCUCUUGCUUUGUUGCCGGAUGUACUUAUGGCAUUGAUACAAAAACAGUUAGGACCCGAUGCAUAGGCUGACCACUGAAACCACUGCUUAAUGGUCCUGAAAUAUGGUGCAUACAGCAGCUCUUCUGAGCUGAUGCCGUAGUUUAAACCCCAGAAAUACUGAUCCAUAGUUUUAAUGUGCCUUUUCUCACCACUCGCUUAUAAAGGGAUAUUCAAAUGUGAUGUAAUGAUUAAUUACCUGACAAAGUGAAGCCAUAGCUGUUAGUCAUAGAUGAGUAAUGUACAUUUCAACAGCACAGUACAAAGCCUUUACUAACAUAGACAGGAGAUGUUUAAAAUCUUCUUUGUGAACUUUUGCAGCACAAAAUGCAAUUUUGUCAGUUUCACAUUUGACUUCUUUUGAUUUGCUCGUGUCUCUAACAGGGAAAUUGUGCAGAAAACACGGCAAAGAACUGCAGCAUCAGCAGAGAGGAGCAGGACACGUACGCCAUCGGCUCGUACAGCCGCAGCAAAGCAGCAUAUGAGGCCGGUGUACUGGCAAAGGAGAUCGUACCAGUGAGCAUCCCCCAGAGAGGUACAGCCAGGGACUCCCAGCCACAGUCUGUCCUUCACUGUAUAUUGAUCACAACAGAUCUAACACUGAUGUGUGUCACUUUUAGGCAAACCUGACCUGGUUGUGUCCGAGGAUGAGGAGUGGAGGAGGGUGGACUUCAGCAAAGUUCCCAAACUGAGGGCAGUGUUUCAGAAAGAGAACGGUAAUCACUCAAUUAACAUGAUUUUUAAUUAUGAUUCAGCCUUUUUAUUCUAACGGGCACAUGUGCAAACAAAACAGACAAAUCAAACAUGGUGCUGAUCAUUUAAAUUUACAAAAAUAGGAAACAGAAAUUUGACCCUGAAAUAAAAUGCAGAUAAGAACUUUGUUAUUGAUGAGAACUGAGUAUUUUCAGCUUUUUCUGCUCGUAUGUACCUUGAAACUGCUGAUGUAUGACAAAUGUCAAUCUAAUAUUAUUAUUCUGUUACUAUGUAACUUUUUCUGGUCAUUGUCAAAGUAAGUUUAUAAAUGAAGGAAAUACUGUAUUGCAGAAUUCCCCAUAGGGUUGGGCAGUGUGUUUUUUUCCCCCUGUAAAUUCAAUUUUGCAAAGAAAAUGCCAGACCAGCCUGGCUUCAGUCACUGCAGUUACGAAUAAUAUAUAUAUAAAUAUAUAUAUAUAUAUAUUUAUAUAUAUAUAUAUAUAUAUAUAUAUAUAUAUAUAUAUGAAUUCACAGCAGCAUAACAGUUUAAAGAAAAUAUAAUAUGACAAUAUAAAAACAAACCAUAAAGACUCUCCAGACAACCAAUUGUCCCCCUCCUCUUCCUCCGUUUACUCAGUACUGCCACUGAUCUCUGUGUCCGCCAUGACCAUCACCAGUGAAGCUGUUUCUUUUUAUUAAAACUAUGCUGAGCAGUCUGCUGGACAUGCUAGUGAUUAUAGGGAGUGCACCCAAACCUGACCAAUCAAACGGAGCAAACAAACUUAGCACGACACGCUGGCGAAUAUACGGACACGCUCCCAAAUGGAUGCACUCCGGCUUUCCUGUUAGCGAGCACAGACAACUGCAUACUGACUCAGAGAGAUUCAGCAGACAUCUGCUCUCUCUCUGGUAUAAACGGUACAGCAAAAUUUUUACCCGAAGACACUUUAAUACCAUCACACGGUGUAUAUACCAUCAUACCACCCAACACUAGUUCCCCACCUUUUAACUGCACUGAGUCUCUCUCAUUCAUCUGACUCGUCUGUGGGGCGGGGAAGUUCUUGCACACUACAUGACAGCCCUCUACUUCUAUUGUGUCAAGAUCUACAAAUUCCUAAUUGUAGAUCUUGAUCAAAGUUGUUCUUCUUUGCUACGGUCAACAUGUCUUUCAGUCUUUCAUUGUUCAUUGUCCUGACAGAGUUCUUUAGUCAAUAUGGUGAUAAAGUUCGCUCAAGAAUUGUGUGUUUCUAAUGUUUAAUGAGUGUUGUUUGUCUGUUUAUUUUCCAGGCACAGUAACGGCAGCAAACGCCAGCACACUGAACGAUGGAGCUGCAGCUCUUGUUUUAAUGACAGCAGACGCUGCAAAGAGACUCAAUGUCACUCCACUGGCCAGAGUUGUGUGUAAGCUUCACAGACACAGAAUAAAGCACACUGAGCUGUUUGCAGAGAUACAAUGAAAUUCAAGGUUUCAAAACAAAACAAGCCUAAAAACAUGAUGUAUUUCCACCUGCUUUACUUGAGGUUUAAGUAUUUUAAAGCCGCGCGUUUAAACACACCACUCUAAAUAGUGGCAUUCCUCCUCCGUUAUAUAAAGCUGUUCUUCAUACCAGAUUGUUCUGUUUGUAUUGCUUAGUUGAAUGAUGAAAUGAAAGAGUAAUUAUCUUGUAUUCUUUGUGUAUUGUAGCUUUUGCUGAUGCUGCAGUUGCACCCAUUGAUUUCCCUAUCGCUCCUGCAUACGCUGUGCCAAAGGUCAGUAUGAGUUUUUAUUAAGUCGAUCAUUUUUUUUUUCACUCUCCAAACCCGAGUCCUUCAUCUUUGGUCUUCAUUGGUAGAAGAAUGUACUGAUGGAUGGAUAAAACCGAGUAGAGCGGUGUGUUUUCCUCUCCUCUUUAUGUGCCGAAAAUGGAAUUGGAGCUUCAGGGUUUCAGCUGUGCAAACAGCGACAUCUGGUGGAUGGUUUAACUUAUAGCUGCUCUUGAAAUCUGAAGCAUAAACAAAGGAGGUUGUUUCCAUAAAGACUACAUAAGACAUGAUCACGAGACAAUAACAUGACUUACAGCUGUAGUUUAGACCCAUUAUCGUUGUAAACUUGUGGUGGUUUAUGGAAAAUUGGUCUCCAAAGACCCCGACAACAAGGCCUACACCAUACCAUAGACUUUCAAUAUCAAACCUUUUAACAGACUAAAAUCUGACACUCUUAUUUUAUAUUUUGUAACAUACCAAAAAGUCUGCUCAUCAUGCACCAUCAUCACCAUCUGCAGGACUUGAGCUUGUACCUGUCGAUAAUUUCCCAUCAUGCUCCUGAUUGAAAUACAUGAGAAAAUCACUGAAUCGCAAUUUUGAGCCUUUUAUGUUUUUGACCAAAAACAUAGCAGAGUUGUCAUUAGGGGGCCAAAAUGCCCCUGAGGAGGACCUUCUUUUUUCCCCUCUUUGAGCUAAAAAUAUACUACAGUGUGCCUAAAAAAGUGAUUUACAACUGUUCAGCCUGAGAUGAAUGACCACCAACACCAAGCGAUAAGGUGAGAGAAACUCCUCAGACUCCCAUGACGUCAUUCAGAAAGUGCACAAGUUGUCUGAAAUUGCUGAAUUCAGCUUUAUGUAAGGCUGUCAUCAGUUGAAUAUUAGCCUUCUGUAAAUUAUUAAGUGUAUUUCACUUGCAGGAGUGUCAGUGUAGAAACUUCACAUUGAUAGUCCAACUUACUUGCUUACUUAUCCUCUUCGUCCCGGUUGGGGCAUAAGGCCGCAAUCAUACACUGCCUGUCUUGUGCUUUGGCCUGUGCUUCGUCCCAGGAAAGACCCAUCUCCUUCAGCUCCAUUAUCACCGUCCUUCACCAGGUGUUCUUUGGCCUGCCUCUCUUUCUUUUCCCAAUUGGGGUCCACCUCAGGUCAACUUAAGGUAGCCUUUCAUUGGGCAUCCUCAGCACAUGUCCGAGCCAUCUUAACCUGUGUUUCUUUAUCUCAAGGGACAUAUGCAAGCUGCCUGUCUUUUUGUAGAGUUCUUCAUUUAUGAUCCUAUUUGGCCAAAAGAUGUUACAGAUUCUCCGUAAGCAGCUGUUGUGGAAGACGUCAACCUUUCUCAUAUCCUGGUUUGUUACCCUCCAGCACUCAGAGCUAUACAGCAGGACAGCCUUAACAUUGCUGUUGUAGAUCCUGAUCUUGGCUUUGAGGUUAUAUUGUUUGGACUUCCAGAUGUUGCGACGUUGGCUGAAAGCACCUCUUGCUUUGAGACGUGCCUUAAUGUCUUUUUGCGUCCUACUUUCACUACUUAUAAGGCUUCCAAGGUGUGUGAAGUCUUCCACACAUUCCAACGCCUCUCCACUGAUGGUGAUUGGAGGUGUCGUUGGGGUGUUGAUGCACAUAGUCUAAAGGUAGAGGAAAUGUUUUGUUUAGUUUCCUUUGUCGAUCUUUUAAGUUUAUCCUUGUAUCGGCUCUGAUGCUGAUGAUUGGGAUCAACUCAGGACAGGUCUUAUAGUCAGAGGUCUAUACUCUCAAGUGGUUACCCCAAGAAUCUUCUGGUUAUGUGUCUUCACUGACCUUGACAAAGGAGGCUGUGCUAAAGGGUCCAGUGAAGCUCCAUUGCCUGUGUGGUUAUUAUAGAAAAGAGUGACUUAAGGAUAAAUAGUGAAUGAAUGUAAAAUAAAAGUAUGUCUGAUAUUUUCUAAAGAUAAAUAAAUGAAGCCCUAUCCUGAACCUCACUGAACUCUGUGUUUCUGUGUCUGUCAGGUCCUGGAGGCAGCAGGGCUGAAGAAGGAGGACAUUGACAUGUGGGAGAUCAACGAGGCCUUCAGCGUGGUCGUCCUCGCCAACAUUAAGAUGUUGGACAUCGAUCCUGCCAAGGUCAAUGUGAAUGGAGGCGCUGUGUCUCUGGGACAUCCCAUUGGGUAAGCUGCUGCUAAGAAGGACUCUCAUAUCAUGGUAUCUUUUUUAACAGAAAGACAUGAGCUCUGAUGAAGAAUGAAGGCGUCCUUUCUUUUUUCAUCUAAGUUAACCUUUUUAACUUGGUACAGCAGAUCAAACACAGUUAAAACCUACUAAGCUGCACAAAAAAAAAAAAAGUGCAUUGAAUUAUCAUAGAGGAUUGUUGCUUGGAAGAUCCUGGUGUUCAAAGUCAAUCACAGCAAACUUUGUAACAGCUACAGCAAAAGUUACAUAAGUGAGACUACCGAUUUUUUUGUGAAGAGCGCACACGUGAUGUCACCGAUGGUGGGAGAGAUAAAAAGCACGUGAACAGCUGUGUUCAGAGUGUCUGCUGUAGCAAAGCCAAAAACCUCCAUCUCUGAUGUAAUGUAGGGAACUGUAAUAUUAUGUCAAUAAAUCCACAGACUGGAGCCAGGACAGUUACAGGGAGUGAGUAGUGGAGGUACUAUCUGUUAAGGUGGUUAUGAAUGUCAUCAAACCCACUGUUAGACUACGUUUACACGUGCCCGGCUAUUUUCAUAAACAGACAUUUCACUCUCUGUUUACAAAAAAAGGCUGCAUGCACACCAGUACGUUUUUCAGAAAAGUUUUUGUUUACACGAACCCGUGUAUACAUCCGGAAAUUUACACACCACUCCUCCGGCAGAACCACAUUUUUGAAGUUCUCCCACCAGACAGCAGUGUGCCCAGGUUGGACCAAAAACCGACGAGGCUGGCGGUGACGCAGAUUCCCUCUGUCGUAGGGAGAAGUUGCUGCAAUAUUGCCAACCUUUGGGCACUCAGUCGUCUCUGCUCCUCUACAUAGUACAGCACCUGCAUUUUCAAAUGCAAACACAUUCAAAGGGAUUGCACCAGCCUAAAUAUGACUGCUAUUCUGCAUGCAUCCAUGAUCACCGUAGAUUAUAAACAUAGACUGUAGACUGUAAACGUUGCAUUUACUCAAGUUUCCUGCGCACAAUCUGCCCCUGGCUACCCAAAUCUGUUUUUCUUUGUUUACAUGCAAGCAUGCAAAAGGAGUUUUUCAAAAUCUCCAUUCUGGCCGGAGUUUUUAAGAAGCACAGUUUUUAGGGGCGUUUUUCGUCUAAGCGAAGGGUGCAAACAAUGGUUUAGGUCUCCGUUUUUAGAAAAUAACCGGGUACGUAUAAACAGAGCCUUUGUCUUAAAUAAAAUAAACUGUUCAAGUCCAGAGGAUCAUCUGUAAAGUAAUAAACGAAUCAUGUUAUUAAAUGACAAUACAUGCUUGCUCUUAAUCUCCUCCAGGUUGUGUUUAACAGAACUGAACUUGAAUAUUUUUCUAAAUUUUGAUGUUAAAUCUUAUAAUUUGUGUGUUGCUGUUCUAGAUGAAUUCUGCAAAAGCACCUUUGUUUUUGCAUAAAAAAAGUAUCAAAACUGUUUUUACUGGUAAAUAUGUGAUAAGUUUUCAUAUCUUCAUCAGUUCUGACCAAGCUUAUUGACAUGCAAACCCUUUAAUUUGAGGAUGUUCUGAUCUAUGAGGUUCGUGCCAAGACUCCAUGAAUUUCUAUCACAGAAGUCAGAAACUCUGAGACAGGAUUGGUUAAUUGUUUUUGUUGCAGAAUUUGAAGUCUUUAAACAAGUAACCUCAGCCUUCUUUGUUUUUUUGUAGAGUGUGGUUAUUUGUACAUGCAGAUGAUUUUGAGUUAUGUCAGAUUAUAGCUGUAACUUAACCUUCAUGUCUCUCCUCCUGUCAGGAUGUCCGGUGCGAGGAUUGUGGGUCACAUGGUCCACAACUUGAAGUCAGGACAGUACGGGCUGGCAGGAAUCUGUAACGGAGGUGGAGGAGCUUCAUCUAUUCUGAUCCAGAAACUGUAG